AUGGCCCUCCCACCCCCCCUGCAGGAGCUGCUCUCCACCUCCCCGACCACCGCCACCCUCUCGUUCUACCUCAACGGCACCCCCAUCGCUCUGGCCAGCCCCAACCCCCACUGGACCCUGCUGGACUUCAUCCGCUCGCAGCAUGGGCUGAAGGGGACCAAGCUGGGCUGCGGCGAGGGGGGCUGCGGCGCCUGCACCGUCGUGCUGCAGACCCAGGCCGCCCGCGAUGGCCGCAACCGGCGGCUUUGCCACCGCGCCGUCAACGCCUGUCUCUAUCCGCUCAUCGGAGUGGCCGGGAAGCAUGUCAUCACCGUCGAAGGCCUCGGCAAUGUGGACCACCCCCAUCCGCUGCAGGAACGCCUGGGGAAGCUUCAUGGCUCGCAAUGCGGCUUCUGCACCCCCGGCAUCGUCAUGUCGCUGUACGCCCUCAUCCGCAAUGCCUACGAUCCCACCACCGACCGGUUCCACCUGUCCGAGGAGGACAUCGAGAUGAAGGGACACCUGGACGGGAAUCUGUGUCGGUGCACCGGAUACAAGCCCAUCCUGCAGGCAGCCAAGACGUUUGUCCAGGAGGACCUGCAGGCGCGUCUCGCCGUGCGAACACGGACACACAUGCAGACCCCGACCGACAAGAGUGAAGAAGUCCCGGUCGAGUCGGAAUCGGACUCGUCUCGUCCCCAAUCGUGUGGCCGUGCGGGAGGGUGCUGUCGCGACACCCCCGGGGGGGGGUCAUCCUGCUCCUCCGACAGGGACAGUUCGCGCACGAGUCUGUCGACCCCCGAGUCCGAGCCCGACCAAGCCCUAAAUCCGGUCCCCCAGUUCGACUUCCUCCCCUACGUGCCCACCACCGAACUCAUCUACCCCCCCGGUCUGGCCACGAGGAGCCCACCGGCCCAGCUGCUCUGCUACACCGACGAGCGCAAGGCCUGGCUGCGCCCCGUCAGCGUCGAGCAGACCCUCGACAUCCUGGCGCGCUGCCCGUCGGCCACGCUGGUCGGGGGCGCCAGCGAAGUGCAGGUCGACAUCCGCUUCAAGGGCGCCGACUUCGCCGUCUCCGUCUUCGUGGGCGACCUGGCCGAGCUGGCUCAGAUCCGGCCGGUCGAGACGAACGGCGUGCUGACCGAGCUGGUCAUCGGGGGCAACGCCUCGCUCAGCGACAUCGAGGCCGAAUGCCACCGCCUCAUCCCCACCCUGGGUCCCCGGGGAUCCGUGCUGUCCGCCGCCGCCAAAGUGCUGCGGUACUUCGCGGGCCGCCAGAUCCGCAACGCGGCGUCGCUGGCGGGCAACAUCGCGACGGCGUCGCCCCUCUCCGACAUGAACCCUCUGCUGCUCGCCGUCAACGCCACCGUCGUCGCCCGCACGGCCACCGAGGAGACCCUCCUGCCCAUGGCCACCCUGUUCCGGGGCUACCGCCAGACGGCCCUCCCCGCCGGCAGCCUCAUCACCGAGAUCCACCUCCCCCUGACGCCCCCGGGCGUGCGCGAGCUCACCAGGUCCUACAAGCAAUCCAAGCGCAAGGACGACGACAUGGCCAUCGUCACCGCCGCCUUCCGCGUGCGUCUGGCCGCCGACAACACCGUGCGUGCCAUCGCCCUGGCAUACGGCGGCAUGGCCCCCGUCAGCCUGCUGGCCCGCCACGCCGGGGCCGCCCUCCUGCACCAGCGAUGGGGCACGCAGGCCGUCCUCGACGCCACCUUCGACGCCCUGCUGCGGGACUUCGCCCUCCCCUUCUCCGUCCCCGGGGGCAUGGCCACCUACCGCCGCACCCUCGCCCUGUCCCUCUUCUUCCGCUUCUGGAACGAGGUCCUGGCCGAGUUCCAUCUCGCCCCCGUCGCCCCCGACCUGACGGGGGAGAUCCACCGGCGCAUCUCCCACGGGGCCCGCGACAACCACAACCCCAACGAGCAGCGCGUCGUCGGCAAGCAACUGCCCCAUCUCUCCGGGCUGAAGCACGCCACCGGCGAGGCCGAAUACAUCGACGACAUGCCCCCGCAGCACGGCGAGCUGUUCGGCGCCAUGGUGCUCUCGCAGCGCGCCCACGCCACGCUCGUCGCCGUCGACUGGGCCCCCGCCCUGCAACCCGGUCUGGCCAAGGGGUUCAUCGACCACACCAGCAUCCCGAUCGAGAAGAACCUCUGGGGGUCCGUCGUGCACGACGAGCCCUUCUUCGCGGUCGACGAGGUCCUCGCCCACGGCCAGCCCAUUGGACUCGUAUAUGCCGAGACAGCCCUGCAGGCCCAGGCGGCAGCUCGUGCGGUCAAGGUCGUCUACGAGGACCGCCCUGCCAUCCUGACCAUCGACGAGGCCAUCGCGGCGAAGAGCUUCUACCCGCACGGCAAGGAGCUGCGCAAGGGCGCCCCGCCAGAGAAAAUGGAUGACGUGUUUGCGCGAUGCGACCGCGUCUUCACCGGCACCAGUCGCAUCGGCGGCCAGGAGCAUUUCUAUCUCGAGACGAACGCCGCGUUGGUCGUCCCUCACCCGGAGGACGGGAGUAUGGAUGUGUGGUCGUCCACCCAGAAUACCAUGGAAACCCAAGCCUUCGUCAGCCAAGUCACCUCCGUCCCAGCGAACCGGAUCAACGCGCGGGUCAAACGCAUGGGCGGCGCCUUCGGGGGCAAAGAGUCGCGCAGCGUCCAGCUGGCCGCUCUCCUGGCCAUCGCGGCCAAGAAGACCCGCCGGCCCAUGCGCGCCAUGCUCAACCGCGACGAGGAUAUGAUGACCAGCGGCCAGCGACACCCGAUCCAAUGCCGGUGGAAGGUCGGGGUGAUGAACGACGGCACCCUCGUCGCGCUGGACGCGGACUGCUACAAUAACGCGGGCUUCUCGCUGGAUAUGAGUGGCGCGGUGAUGGAUCGGUGCUGUACCCAUUUGGAUAACUGUUAUCAUUUCCCCAAUGUGCAUGUCCGCGCGUGGGUGUGUCGGACCAAUACGCAUAGUAAUACGGCAUUUCGAGGGUUUGGGGGGCCGCAGGCGAUGUUUGUGGCGGAGAGCUAUAUGAAUGCGGUUGCGGAGGGGCUGGGGAUGGAUGUCGAUGAGUUGCGGUGGAGGAAUCUGUACCGACAGGGACAGAGGACCCCGUUUUUGCAGCCCAUCGAUCAGGAUUGGCAUGUGCCGAUGUUGCUGGAGCAGGUGCGGCGCGAGGCCAGGUAUGACGAGCGGAGGGCCGACGUCGGCAGGUUCAAUCAGUCCCAUCGCUGGCGGAAGAGGGGCAUUUGUCUCGUGCCGACCAAGUUCGGGAUCUCGUUUGCGACUGCCGUCCAUCUGAAUCAGGCCGCCGCGUCGCUGAAGAUCUACACCGAUGGGUCGGUGCUGCUGAAUCAUGGCGGGACGGAGAUGGGCCAGGGCCUCUAUACGAAGAUGGUGCAGGUCGCGGCGCAGGAGCUGGGCGUGGCCCCCGAGAGUAUCUAUACGCAAGAUACCUCGUCGUAUCAGACGGCGAAUGCGUCGCCCACGGCCGCCUCGUCGGGAAGUGAUCUCAACGGCAUGGCGAUCAAGGAUGCCUGCGACCAGAUCAAUGAGCGGCUAAAGCCGUAUCGUGAGAGGUUCGGGGAAGAUGCCUCCAUGGCGACGCUUGCGCACGCCGCGUAUCGCGAUCGGGUCAACCUGGCCGCCAGCGGGUUCUGGAAGAUGCCCAAGGUCGGGUACCAGUGGGGGAACUAUGACCCGGAGACGGUCAAGCCGAUGUACUAUUAUUUCACGCAGGGCGUGGCCUGCACGGAGGUCGAGCUCGACCUGCUGACGGGCGACCACACGGUGCUGCGGACGGACAUCAAGAUGGACAUCGGCCGGUCGAUCAACCCGGCCAUCGACUACGGGCAGAUCGAGGGGGCGUUCGUGCAGGGCCAGGGGCUGUUCACGAUGGAGGAGAGUCUGUGGACGCGUGGGGGCCAGCUGGCCACGCGGGGGCCCGGCAAUUACAAGAUCCCGGGGUUUAGUGACAUCCCCCAGGAGUUCAACGUGAGCUUUCUGCGGGGUGUCUCGUGGAGCCAUCUGCGGUCCAUCCAGAGCAGCAAGGGCGUUGGCGAGCCGCCGCUGUUUCUGGGGGCGACGGUGCUGUUUGCCCUGCGUGAUGCGCUGCGCAGUGCCCGCGAGGAUCACCGUGUGGUUGAGCCGUUGGUGUUGGACAGUCCGGCCACCGCGGAGAGGCUGCGGCUGGCGGUCGGGGAUGACCUGCUCAGGAAGAGUCGCGUCGAGGCGAAGGAGGGAGAGACGAAUUUCUUUGUCGCGGUGGCAUCGUGAAUGGUGGUGGUGGAAGGCGAGUCGGGGAGGAGCAAUGAACAGCACUCGAGAUUUUUCAGAGUCAUAGCCUGCCGAUUAACACUCAUCAUGCGAGUAGAACGGCUUUGGGACGGUGAGCCAAUGUCAAUAGAAGAGUGUAGUUCCCGUCGAGCACAGCCUAUACAGAUAGAG